GGCAAAGGAAAGGGGGGGGGGGAGUGGAGCCACACACACAGGAGGAAAGAAGAGAGGCAACGCACUGCUCCGGCGCUCAGACUCCGAGAGGCAGAGAAGGAGGAGAGACAGGGAGCUCCACUCACUGACAGACGCACAACAAGAGAGGGCAGAAAGACGAGAGGUCCCGGGGCUCAGUUUCACACUCAAGUGACUUCAAACCGGCUCGGACAAAACAAGAGAAACAAAGAGACAGAAGAGAAAAGAAGGGAAGAAAGUCUGGAUUCUGUGUGACUCUUUUGGUGGCCCCCGCUCCUUUGCAUGGAUUUUUUGUUUUUGAACAUUUUAUGAGAAGCAGCAUUAAUCUUUUUUUUUUUGACUUCCCGUUUGUAUUCAUUCAUUUCGUUGACAACACUCUGGCAUCUUACAUCCAGACCUCCUCCGCCUCCCUGGACCGAGACCCAGAUAACUGGUUUGGGACGUGUGAGCGGGAGCAGAUUUUAGUGGCGUAUAUGAAUGAACUGAUAUUUUCACUGUGAGCGUCUUUGGAAGCGAGAGUGAAGGUGUAAAGUCAAACUGAAAUUUUUUUUUUCUUUUUUAAUUUCUGAGACUUUGCAUGUGUGUGAGAGCGACCAGGGUCAAAAAAAGUGUCAGUCUUGGGAGGAGAGGGAGGAGAAAGGCGAGAGUUCUAAAGAGGCAAGCCCCCGGUUGUGCCCGUUACGAGGUGAUCUGAGUUAUGGAUGUUGACGCAUUCCUGUGGCGUUUCUGAGGAAUAAACAGCGCCGGGGGACUACAGCGGAGUCCGCCACAAUACUGAGGGCUUCCCCGCCACCAGCAGCUGCAUCCGUCAACAACAUCACUGACAACUCUGCUUCUCCGAUCACACCUACUGCCGCCUCUUUACAGGUUUCACACCGCAGUCCCGGUGAGGUCGUGGGUUUCCCGGACAGAGGAGGUGAAGUCGGUCGUCCGGGGGAGUUUCUCCCACUCUCGUUCUCUCUCCCUGCACCCAGCUCAGCAUGCCCCAGCCCCUGAGCACCUCCAUAGCUCUCCCAGCUCCACUACCAUGUGUAGAUGGACAGUGACACAAGGUGCACCGGUCGCCUGGUUCUCCUCCUGCCCCCGCUGCAGACCUUCACUCCUCCUCUCCUUCACCUUCCUCCUCCUGCUCCUCCUGCUCGGACCGUCCUCGUCCUCGUCUUCGCCCGUGUCCGCUCGAUCGUCGCCAUUGCGCCCGCAAAAGAACCGCAAUGCACCCAGAGGGAGUCCUCCGCACUUCAUCGCCCCGCACCCGCCACCCUCCUCGUCACCCGCUCCUCUGCACGCGUCCUCUGCGAGGUUGCCACGGGCGACCAAUGUAUCAUCGUCUUCCGCGACAGUCAUCGGACGCCACGUGCGGAGCAGCUACAACCAUCUGCAAGGUGAUGUGCGGCAGAGGAAACUGUUCUCCUUCCAGAAAUUCUUCCUUCGCAUCGACAAGAAAGGAACGGUUAAUGGCACCAAAAGUGAGGACGAUCCGUACAGUAUUCUGGAGAUCAAGUCAGUGGAUGUGGGAGUGGUGGCCAUCAGGGGCCUCAGCAGUAACCACUACCUGGCAAUCAGCAAGAAGGGACUGCUAUACGGAGCGAGGGACUUUGGUCCGGACUGUCGUCUGAUUGAACGCAUCGAGGAGAACAAGUACAACACCUACGCUUCAGCCGAGUGGCGCAACAAGAAGAAGCACAUGUUUGUGGGACUGAACGCCAACGGAAAGCCAAUGAAGGGGAGGAAGACGCGGAGGAAAAACACAGCCACUCACUUCCUGCCCAUCGUGGUGCAACCACGGUGAUCGGACAAUGUCAGUGAGAGCUCUGCCGACGGCAGGGUGUUGGACAUAUCUGGACUUACAGUGACGGCUUUAUGGACAGAUCUGAAUGGGAUCUUAAUGAUGCACUGAGGAGGAAAAGAAUGGAAACCUAGAGACAUUUAUCUCUGUUGGAUAAAGACAUUUCUAUUUUUAAAGAAAGAAAUAAGAUAUAUGGCUAUACAAUGUAUAUAUUAUUUUCUGUUUUAAGUUAUAAAAGUACAUAGGCACAGUAGAAAAUAUGAAAAGAAAUGACUUCGGUGCCAAAAUGUGAUUUAGCAACUCACAUUUCCAGAUUCGUGUACACGUGAAGCGCUUGACUGGGAUGGAAUGAAAAUGACAGAGGGCAAAGAUGUAAGAGAGGAGAGGGAAGAGGACAGAAGAGGUGAAGAUGUGGUGAUAGAAAGAUGACUCGUAGAAAAGGGGAAGGAAAGACAAGCAAGGAAGGAAGGAAAGCAAAUGGCAGAGUCAACAGGAUCGAGUCAAGUAAGCAACAACGAAGCAGCAAGUCUAACGCUAUCAUGUUUUUUUCUUUAAAUUUAUUUAUUUUGUGUAAUAUUUAACAAAAAAAUCAAAGAAAGGACAAAGUCUUGUCUUUUUUUUUUUUUUUACCAUUUAUGCUUCUCUUUUUGAAUACUAAUCAUUUAAACCCGAA